AUGUCUCCCGAGUACGCCAUGGACGGAAUCUUCUCGGUCAAAUCUGACGUCUUCAGCUUCGGUGUUUUGGUGCUGGAAAUCGUAAGUGGCAGAAAGAACAGAGGAGUCUAUCAAUCUUCACACCACCUAAAUCUUCUAGCACAUAUAUGGAGUCUUUGGAAUGAAGGUAAAGGGUUGGAAUUAGCGGAUGCGUCAAUGGGGCAGUCGUCGCUUCCCGUGACCGAAGUCAUGAAGUGUAUAAAAGUGGGACUUCUGUGCGUUCAGGAUCGACCAGAAGACAGACCAACGAUGUCUUCGGUGGUGGUGAUGUAGGGCGGUGACAGUGAUCUCCUACCGCAACCAAGACAACCAGGUUUUAUCGUUGCAAAAGAUCCAUCUGAAACCAAUUCAUCUACAAGAAAGCAAGACUCGUCCACAAACCACGUAUCGAUGACGAUGUUGGAAGGUCGAUGAGAUGGAUGUAAGGGUAGAAACUUACUCACACACUCCCGAGUGCACGAUGACCUUGGCGGAGAAGCAGAGCAAAGUAGCUGCUGCUUUUGUUGAUGUAUGAAUGUGAUUUAGCCAACGCAAUAUCCAACCCCAACUAUCUCCUGCCAUAUGAGAAGGCUUCCCAGACUCUCUUUGGAGUUGGUGACAUGUUGUUGCAGAU